AUGCCAAACAGUCAGAGGGCACACAUCAUGCAGGCGUACGAAUCUGCCCCGAAGCGAUCGAGCAACCUAAACCCCCCCCCUCCCUCCCUCCCUCGCCCCUACCCCUGCGCCACCCUCUGUGCGCUUGGUCGCUGUUCCAGGUUCCAGGCGCGAGAUGCCAGUAACGAGUGCGGUUUAACAAUUGAUCGAAGAAAAAGUUUAGGAGGAGCAAGAGGUCCGGCGCCGGCCCCGCCG